AUGAAUGCCAACGUGUUGUUGGAGUGUUUCUCUGCGACGCUCCAGGCAAACCAGGAUGUCCGGAUACAAGCGGAGGUCAAGCUUCGUGAAUUGAGUGCUACACCUGGUUUUUUGGGUGCAUGUUUAGAUAUCAUAGCUUCUAACGGUAGCUCGAUCAAUUCAGGAGUCCGUAAGGCUGUAGCUGUGUACUUCAAAAACCGUGUAGUCAAGUUUUGGACCUCGGCUGAUUCCAAGAUUGAUGCUGGUGAAAAGCCGGUGAUUAAAGACCGGAUCUUGCCAGUCAUUGUAGUGUCUGACUAUAUCACCAAACAACAAUUGAUACCUGUCUUGAGAGUAUUGAUUUCUCAUGAGUUUCCCAACUGGUCUGGUCUUUUGGAACUGACGGGUUCGCUUUUGCAGCAAGAUGAGGACUUUUCACAGUUGUACACUGGCUUAUUGUGUUUUGCUGAAAUAUCACGAAAGUUCAGAUGGACCGAUAACAACGACAGAAAAGCCGAGCUUUAUCCUAUAAUCGAACUGGCUUUCCCUCACUUAUUAAAUAUUGGCAAUACCAUCGUGGCUUCUGCCCAGAAUAUCACGGAGUUCCAGGCGGAAAUCGUAAAGUUGAUUCUUAAGAUCUACAAAUUCGUCACUUACUACGACUUGCCUGCUCCCUUGCAAACCUCAGAAGCCGUCGAGCAAUGGGGUCAAUUCCAUGAAUCCGUCAUCAAUAUGCCGGUGCCACUGUAUAUCCGCGACUCCAACCUUAGCGAACAGGAAAAGUCCUUUCUCCAGUUCUCCAAGUGCUACAAAUGGUCUAUCGCUAAUAUGUACCGUUUAUUUGUUCGCUAUGCAUCGGCUAGCUUGGGUAAAAAAUUCAAAUAUACUGAAUUUCACGAGUUGUACUUGAACCAACUCGUGCCUCCUUUGUUAUCCUCAUACCUUUCUAUUAUUGAACAGUGGUGCCAGGGUAAGAAGUGGUUGAGUUCUUCAGCCCUUUACUUUCUCUUAGAGUACUUGAGUCAUUGCAUUACCCAAAAGUCCACUUGGCAAAUCAUCAAGCCCUUCUUCCAGAAUCUCGUCUCAUACUUAAUCUACCCAUUGUUGUGCCCUAGCGACAGCAUCUUGGAGAUAUUCGAAUUGGAUCCCCAGGAGUAUAUCCAUGUAGCCUUUGAUAUAUCCGAAGAGUUCAACAGCCCCGAUGUUGCUGCUUUGGGUUUGUUGGUGACUCUUGUACACAAGAAAAAAUCUACUACGUUGGAAACUAUAGUCUCUGUCAUUCACCAAGAAUUGAACCAAUUACAACACCAAGAGGAAACUCUAGAGGUUGCUAAAAAGAAGGAAGGUGCCUUGAGAAUGCUAGGAGGCAUUUCAUCUUAUCUUACAGCUGCUAAAUCAGACUACAGAAGUCAAAUGGAAGCUUUCUUGAUUCACUUGGUAUUCCCUUCACUCACAUCUAAGUUUGAAUUCUUGAGGGCCCGUGCACUUGAAGUGGUUUCAAAGUUCGAUGACAUUAAUUUGCAAGAGGAGCAGAGUAAGUCAAUGUUGUACCAAGGUGUUCUCAGAAACUUUGACUCUUCGAGCAACGCCAGUUUACCUGUCAGUUUCCAAAGCGCUUUGGCAAUACAAGCUUUCUUGCCCCAGCCGCAAUUCAAGGAAAUUUUGUCUGGAAUUAUAAUACCGACCAUGUCAAGAUUGUUGGAGUUAUCUAACGACAUCGACAAUGACGCUAUUUCCAUUGUAAUGCAGGAAUGUGUUGAAAAUUUCUCGGAACAAUUGCAACCUUUCGGGGUUGAUUUAAUGAGCAAGUUAGUGGAACAAUUCAUGAGGUUGGCUGUGGAAAUUAAUGAAGCAUCGAACGUCGAUGUGGAUGAUUUUGACGGAAAUUUUGAAGACCAGAGUGAAAAGGUCAUGGCCGCCAUUGGUUUACUCAACACCAUGAUCACUGUUUUAUUGUCCUUCGAAAACUCUACUGAAGUAUGCUUGAAGCUAGAGGAAGUCUUCUCACCAGCCAUUACUUACGUGUUGACAAACAAGAUUGAUGAUUUCCUCGCUGAAAUUGGGGAGUUGAUGGAAAAUUCAACAUUCUUGUUACGUUCCAUCAGUCCUAUUAUGUGGAAGAAUUUUGAGCUUUUGAGUGAUUCGUUUGCUGAUGGUCUUGCUAUAAUGUACCUUGAAGAACUAAUGCAGUGCUUGCAAAAUUUUUUGAACUACGGAACUGAUGAAUUAAUCAAGAACCCAGCUCUUGUUCAAAAAUUUUUCAAUAUUUAUAAGAUGAUUUCAGAAGGUGAGGAUACCCAAAUUGGAUACAACGAUCUUGUGUUUGCUUGCGAAUUAUCGCAAACCUUCGUUUUAUCUUUACAGCAAGUUUCUGUUCAAUACAUUCCUAGUUUUGUUCGAUCUGUCAUCACUAUCUCUAACGAAGGGAACAAGGAUAAACACCAUAUCAAGAACAGUGCAUUUGAUGUAAAUGUCAACAAUGUUAUUGCUGCUUGUUUGGUUUACGAUGCCCCAACUACUUUGAGCAUAUUGCAAGAAUCUAACCAAGUGAUUCCAUUCUUUGAACGUUGGUUCCAGUUGAUCCCUCAGUUGAAGCGUGUUUACGAUUUAAAAUUGUCCAUACUUGCAUUGUUGAGCUUGUUGAACAACGAAGAAAUUAUCUCACUGUUACAUUCUACUACUCCAGCUAUAUUUGACCAAAUGGGAUUAAAAUUAGCUAUAUUAACGAGAGAAUUGCCAAAGGCAGUCGAGAGUUUAGAGAAGAGAAGGAAGAAUUUCGACGAAAGUGAUUUCGGAGGUGACAACUAUAGAUACGGCGACGACGAAUGGGAAAAUGCCAGCUCUGAAGAUUUAGACUACAUUCUCGACCAGGGAGAAGCAGCAGCAAAUGAAGCAGCCAAUGAAGAAGAGGUCGAAGGAGGUAGACACGAGUACUUAAACUUUUUACAGGAAGAGGAUAAUAAAUUGAAGAGUUCAGGUUACUUCGAUGAAGAAGAUGAGCCAGUGAUAGAGGACCCAUUGGCCACAACCCCCCUUGAUAGCGUCAACGUUUUUGCGUUGCUAAAGGAUUUUAUGGUCAAGGUGGAAGCCAAUAAUGCUGCUCUUUUCAGCGGUAUUUUUGGAGGUCUUACUGAAAGUGACAAGAUACUCUUUAAAGAUAUUUUUGAUAUUGUUCAGUAG